AUGGGUCCUGCAAUGGCAGUUUUGGCAGGUCUUAAGCCUGGCUCUGGACAAGGGGAUAGUGAAAGAAUGCUCUCCUGGCCAAUUUUCCUGUUGAUGCUGGCCGCUUUCAGCUCAUCUUUUCUUUCAGCUUUGUCUCUGUACCAGCUGGUAGCUCUCAGAGCUGAAAUAGAGCAACUUCAAUCAGAUGUCUCUUGUGGGAGAGAAGAGGGACAACCCAGCGCAGACAGAUUUCAGGUGGAGAUUCCAAACAACAUCAAAGAUGUUGCUCGCCAACCCGAGUGUCCACCUGUCUUCAUCCGAACACGACGAAGGAGAACGGUGUCUGGAGCAGAAGUGUUAAUUUCUCAGCCUUUCCUGCAGAUGCUGGCAAACGACAGCAGAAAAAACUACGUGAAAGAAAUUUCAGCAGAUACGUACACAGGCAUCCCUUGGCAGCCUGGGUUAAAGAGAGGCACUGCCCUGGAGCCCGACGGUGACCGCAUUUUAGUCCAAGAGGAGGGCUUCUAUUAUGUGUACAGUCAGGUCUUCUACAGGGACAACACCUUUGCAAUGGGUCACGUGGUGUUCCGGUGGAAGAGAAACGUUGUUGGAAACGAGCCUCAGUAUGUGUCCCUGUUCCGCUGCAUCCAAAACAUGAACCCUGUCCAGUCGUUCAACACCUGCUACACAGGAGGUAUUGUGAAGCUGGAGGCUGGGGACUACUUGGAGCUUCUGAUCCCCCGGGCCACAGCAGACGUGUCCCUGAGUGGAGAUUCCACCUUUCUGGGUGCUCUCAAACUGGCUUAA